GUCAACACCCAGCUGCAGCUUCCCUCAGCCUGUUGUGCCCUGGCUCCCAGCCCUGCCCUCCCUGCCCGCGUUUUUUUACUCCUACUUUUAGCAGAUUUGGAAUGGUGCUGGAGCAGUCAUGGUAGCCAGCACUUCCCACUGGCACAGCUGCCUCGGGGUGAUUGUGUUUUGUGAGAACCAGCGGCUGAAGAAUUCUGCCAACCUGCUGGAGGAUGUCUGUGUCAGGGAGCCCUGCUUCCUCAUAGACUAUGUCAGGAACCUGGAAGCCUUAGAGUUGUCUCUCUGUGCCUCCAAAGAUGCUGCUUCCAUGGAGGUCACCCUGCAGAUUGCUGGUGAUGCCCAGUGUAUACUGCCCUGUCAGUCCAGGGGCAACCCGGCCCGACACCACCUAGGGCUAGGACCUUGUUCUGUGGAAAUGUUCUCACCAGGCACUGACUUGGAGGACUAGACCAGCACAGUUGGUGUGAUGGAGCAAGGAGGUGGUGCAGGGUGCCUGGCUCCAGUCAAAGUUCUCCAGCACCUGAAAGAGCUCCUUGUUUCAGCCAUCAUGAGCUGCCAACACUGCUUCCUGCUCCAGCCAGGUGCAUACAUUGGCAUGGCACUUCCCCAGCCAGGAGCUGCCUCCAGCACAACCGGGGAACCCAGUUUGGUGGUGGUUCCUGUGCAACACCAAGACUGGCAGGACAACGCCAUGGAGAUCUCUGUGAUGAUCCACAGCAGCUGGAAUUCUGUUCACUUUGACAUUAUCCCUGUGGUGAAAAGGUGUCAGGACUUCUUUGAAGGUAGCCUUGGGAAGGCCACAGAAGAGGCCCACUUCUUCGCUGGCUCUCCCCAUUGCAGGAGGUGGGUGGCUUGGCUGCAUGCAGAGUGA